AUGACAUCUCAGGAGGAGGCGUCUUCCUUCAGGAGGUUUUUUCAGUAUGUGGAGGACAGUGGACUUCGAACGUAUGAUGGUUUGGUGAUCCAAAACGCCUCAGACAUUGCUAGAGAGAGCGACCGCAUUCGUAACCAGACCAACUGGACCUACCUGCAGGAAAAACACCAGAAAAAGAGGCGGCAGGAAGAAGCCAUCAAGAGGAUUGGUGAGGAUGUUGCCAUGGCAACAGAUGGGGCAUACUCUGGGAAACAUUUCAGGAUGGGUUUCAUGACAAUGCCGGCACCACAGGACCGACUGCCGCCCUCGAGCCAGGGCUUCACCGUCCGAUCCCAGUCCCUCCACUCGGUGGGCGGAGGAGACGACGACUCCAGCCAGAUCAGAAAACAACCCCCACCCAAACCGAAGCGAGACCCCAACACCAAACUGACUAGCAGCUCUGAGAUGGUGAACGGGGGCUCCGGAGUGACCAGGAGAGACCACCAAGAGACCAAAGAGAUGGCGGAGCAGGCGGAGGCUCGAUGCCCUCUCUACACUGACGACUACAAGAAAAUGCCUCCACCUAAACCGAAGAGGAACCCAAACACUCAGCUUAGCACCUCCUUUGAUGAGUCCUACAUACAUAACCAUGGCAACAAGAAGUCUUCCUUGCGGUGGGAUAAAUCUUCCUCCCAGAGUCAGAGUCCGGCUUCCAGAGACACAGACGACGAGGAGCCGGUUUAUAUCGAGAUGGUAGGAAACAUCCUGCGAGAGUUGAAAGGUCAGGAAGCAGUGGAUGAUGAGCAGAGCGAGUCAGUGUAUGAGGAGAUGAAGUACCCGAUGUUGGAGGACUUCCUGCAGGACAAUCACGCCGCCAUCGUGGAUCCUGAAGCCUGGUCCCGUGGAUCUCUCUGCGACAUUCCUCCACCCUUCCCCAACCUCCUGACUCACCGCCCGCCGCUGCUAGUGUUCCCCCCUGCCCCCGCUCAGUGCUCCCCCAACUCGGACGAGUCCCCCCUCACGCCCUUAGACGUCACCCGGCUGCCCAUGUUGGAAAAUGUCUCUUACACCAAGUCAGGCGGUGCCGAACACCCACAGAGCUCCACCCACCACCGCAAAGAACGAGAUCGAGACAGAGACCGAGACCGGGACCGGGAUCGAGAUCGAGAUCGAGAUCGAGACCGAGACCGAGACCGAGAUCGAGAUCGAGAUCGAGACCACACCAUCACAUCCUCUGGCCGCUCGUCGGCUCCACCUCUCCCCUCAAACUUCUACAAGUCAUCUGGCUCCGCCCACGGUGGUCAUGGUUACCCCCGCAGCCAAUCAGCGUGUCCGUCUCCAGUCAGCAUGGGUCGCUCUCUGACCCCUCUGAGCCUGAAGAGGCCGCCACCGUAUGACGCUCUGAUGGCUGGAGGAAGUAUGCCUCGUUCUUCAUCUUCAUCUUCAUCAUCCUCACACAGGGCGGGGGAGAGCGGAGCUAAACUCAGCAACUCCUCCUCCACCCAUGGCUCCAUGCAGAACGUGUCAAUGAGGUCACAGACUCCGACGAGCCCAUUGGAUGAACUCAACAACCUGUUUACCUCAGGUAGACAGGUGUUGAAGAGAGGCUCAGGAGGCAGGAAGAGCAGGGAGGGUGAAGGAGACUGCAGGUCUCUGCCUAGACAUGACAGCAAAGACAGAGAUGGACAAUCCAGUCCAGUUUCCAGCCGGAUGGGGAGGUCAUCUGUCAGUCCCACCAUGAUGCUGUCUGGAGGAGGAGGAGGAGGAGGUGGUGAAUCAAAGUCUGUUUCUAAACUCGGCCGUUCAGCCUCCACGUCAGGAGUUCCUUCCCCUGGUGGGACGCCACAACGUCACCUGCAUGAAACGCAUCACCCCGCCCUCAGCCAGGAUUCAACUUCACUGAACAACAGAACGUAAAACAUUUUACAGACGGACAGAAGCUUCGAUCCAUCAGCUGACUGA